AUGAAUGCGCGAGAAGGGCCUGGGACAAGGCAAACAAAUGGCCGCUGGACCCCGGCCAAGAUCCGCCAAGCUGGGCAUGUCCCUGUGGCCGUUGAACUUGACGCCAUUUCCAAUGGCUCGUUGAGCGCUCCGGUUGUACAGCGCCUCUGUCGUCAAUUCCGGACCCUACGCCACUACAGUCGACGUCGACGAGACCCUGAAGAAGCGCGGGCAAUUAUCGGAGAGGAAGUCUUGGCGGAUCGGCAGAGUCGCCUCGGAGUGGGACUGAGCCAUGAGUCCCGGGGAGGACUCUUGGCUCAACCGGAAGCCGACUACAAGCGCCGACGAGAUGCUUCUCGUCCAUCCCGUCUGGCUGCCGGGUUGAUGUCGGCAAUGGCGGAGAUGAGAAAGUCAAUUUGCGAACCGGGGUGGGGUUCCUGA